AACAUUUCAUGAGCAAUACUUCCAAUCGUUUCAGCAGAACACAAAAGCGCUGGAAGAACCCUCAGCGGCUCAGGCAGACAACAUAUGUAGAGAGAAUGGGCAGAGAUAUGGUUUCAAGGUUUCGGAUUGAAGGUACCUUGUCACUGCAUACUGUAUUUGAAGCAUAUCAGCGCUGGUUCUCCCGGUCGAUGUUCGGUGCUAUUUCACAGGGCUGCGUAGCUGAUGUUGCCACAUAGUUGCCGCUAAAGCUUCAGGAGAGAACCGCAGCGGUGUCUGACUGCACCUGUGUUUACCCAGAAGCUUGCGACAGCCCUGUGAUCCUGCCGUUGACACGCUCGUUGUCCCCGCGUCAGACUCCAAAUAAAACCUGGGGGCAGGUUGGUGGACUUUGGCAACGAGAAGUCUGCAAGACACGGGCUAGGAUCAUGAAGACCCGCUCCUCAUUCCUGUUGCUGCUGUUUUCAUGUCUCAUAUGCGGCUGCUUGGCGGCAGUAAGGCUGCACUAUAUAGCCGCUGUUGGAAUAGAGUGGGUCUACUCCAAACGUGGAGGACACAGUUUGUCAGCAGAAACCAAGACUUUUCAAAAAAUUGUUUACAAGGAGUACCAUGACUCUGGUUUCAGCAGAGAAAAAGUUGGCCCCGAGUGGAGAGGACUGCUGGGACCAACGUUACGAGCUGAAGUUGGGGAUACGUUAAAAAUCCAUUUCAAGAAUAAGGCCGCCUACUCUUUCAACUUUCGUCCGCAGGGAAUCCCAGACGACAAAUCCGCUGAAGGAUUCAUUCAUGGAAGCAGAUUAUACUUCGAAAGCAAUGACGAACAUAUUAAGCCAAUGCAAGAACAUACUUAUGAAUGGAAGAUCACGGAAGAAGUAGGACCAACAACAUUUGAUCCUCAGUGCCUAACGUAUAUUUAUUCUUCUGAUGUUGAUAUUGUAAAAGAUAGGCAGUCAGGAUUGAUUGGAGCCCUACUCAUCUGCAAGCCAGGCAGUUUAGAUGAAAACGGGGAACAAAAUGAAUUCCAAUCAGAGUUUGUUUUACUGUUCUCUGUAUUCGAUGAAAGUAGGAGCUGGUAUUAUGAGGAUGAAAAGACUCCUAUCAAGAUGUACUCUAUCAAUGGAUUUACGAAUGGCACUUUACCAGAACUCAAUGUCAGUGUUUAUGGCAAGAUUAGUUGGCAUCUGAUUGGUAUGAGCUAUGGUCCGGAAAUCUUCUCAGUCCACUUUAAUGGCCAAGUCCUGUUGCAAAAUAACCACAGAGUGUCGUCCAUUGGCCUGACUCCAGGCUCCUCCAUCACUGCUGAGAUGCUUCCCACCGAAGUUGGAAAAUGGCUGCUCUCUUCUCAAGUGCAGCACCAUCGCCAGGCUGAACUCUAUGGAUUUCUCAACAUUGAAGAAGGUGACCUUGAGCAACCUUCCAUAGGAUAUCAUUCAACCAGAUCAUCAGGAAAGAUUCGACAGUACUUCAUUGCAGCCGAAGAAAUGAAUUGGAAUUAUGCUUCUGAUAUCCCCAGCUAUAUUGACAGUGAUUACAGAUCUAAAUAUUUGGAGAAACGACCAAACCGGAUCGGCAAAAUAUAUAAAAAGGCAAAAUAUGUGGAAUACACAGAUGGAACUUUCACUAAAUGUAAACCAUUGGAAGAAGACAAAGGUGUAUCGAUGCUACAAGAUGGAAUUGGGGCACCAAUCAUUCGAGGUGAAGUCGGAGAUAUAAUUAAGAUUCAUUUUAAGAAUAAGGCUAGUCGACCGUACAGCAUCUACCCAAAUGGUAUUACAAUUAAUAAAAUAAAUGAAGGAGUUAAAUACCCCGGGAAUUCCUCAGAUUCCAAGAGUCAGGUUGAACCUGAUCAAAUCCAGAAAUAUCGUUGGGUCAUCUCUGAAAACGACGGGCCCACGUCUUUGGAUCCUAGAUGUCUAACGAGAGUGUAUCACAGUGCUGUGGACACCACUCGAGAUAUUGCCUCCGGACUUUUUGGACCGCUUCUAAUCUGCAAGGGACGCUCUUUGGAUGCCCGGAAUUUACAGAUAAGAGUGGAUCAAGAGCAACGCAUCAUAUUUGCAGCAAUUGAUGAAAACCAAAGCUGGUACAUUGAUGAGAACAUUCAGUCGUGCUUGCAACCAUCCAGUGUUGACACCACAGACCCUGAGUUUUAUGAAUCAAACAUCAUGUACACAAUAAAUGGUUUUGUGUAUGAAAGCAAAGAGGCGUUGCCGUUCUGUGAAGGGGAUAUCACCUACUGGCACGUGUUCAGCAUCGGUUCUCAGGACCGCAUGCUGUCAAUUAAUUUUCACGGACACACCUUCAACCACAGAAAGAUGAAUGAAGACGUGAUUCAUCUCUUCCCUUUAUCUGGCGAAACUGUGAGCAUGCUGAUGGACAAUUCGGGUGAGUGGCUUCUCAGGCCGCUGAGCACACAGCUGAGGACCUACGGUAUGAGGAUGAGAAUUAAAGUCUACCAAUGCGAUGACGAUGUAGUCUUACACCCACUGGUCUUUUUCAAGAUUGAAUACGAGGGAGACAAAGUCCUGGUAGAUGUCAGUGAGGAUGAGAACGGCCAGGAAUUAGAUGCAGAGACUCUGGAAUUACUGAAAGAACUCGGUCUGCGGUCGUUCAAAAAUUUGCAGGAAAACACUGAAGGAGAAGAUAUUCUCCAAUUUAUUGAAGGGGAUUCAACAGAGCACAACACUGUUGCAUUCAAGGAAGAAGCUAAGCCAUAUCCAAAUGGAACUCAGAGUAGAACAUCCAUCAAUGCAAGUAAACCAAUCAAUUUGACAAAUGAAGAUGUAGGGGAUGACUUGGAUUAUUCUGAAGAGGACAACAUUGAAGAAUCUGUUAAACUAAAUGAAAGUUCAACUGUGGAACCAACAACAACAGAGGCACUCGGUGAAGUGACAACAUUAGCUGAAUCAUAUGGAUCCGAUUCACGACCUCUGAAUUCCACCUCAACAAAUACUCUUUUAAGCCACAAUAUGCAGAGCAUGGUGGAAGAAACAACCAGCUUGGAGACUCCUACCAAAGACAAUGAUACAAGGGAUGACACUAAAGGACCUGAAGAUACUGAAUCAAUGGCAGCCAUCGACAGUACCACUUUCUUACUGAACAUGCACGACACAGACAUCCUGCUUAGUCUCCCAGAGCAGAUUCCUGAAUGGACAUUAAGACACAGUAAUAAUUCUCAGCUAAGUGCAGAGAGUGCAAGUUACGCCAACACUAUUGAUGGCGAGGGAGAAGAAGUGUCUGCUUCAGUUCCGCAAGGAAAUAGCUCAGGAAGAAAUCGUCAAAAAGGCAACGUUGAAAAUUUGAUUGUACAAGGCAAUGAGGAUGUUGUAGAAGUAAAUCCUGACGGUGGAAUCGGGGGUCAACAGGAAGUCAUCAAAAGGGUUGCAGUCAAAAUGGGUGGAGGUGCUGAAUUAGGAUUGGUUCAUGAAUCAAUGUCAGUCGAAGACAAUCAGGCAAUUGAGGAGGCACUCAUCCAGCAUGCUGUGAAUAAGACAGAGAACAUCACAAAUAAUGGAAGCACAAGUGAAGCAACGACUAAUGGUGAGAAGAAGAUUUCACUCAGUCAAGUAUCCAGCGAGACCUCAGAAGACUCAAGUACAGAGACCAGUGGAGAUUCUGAGAAGAAUAAUUUGUUCAGUCAAGUGUCCAAUGAGGUUCCAAACCAUUUUACUAAUACCUCGGAAGAGUCAAGUCUGGAGAGCAAUGAAAAUCCUGAAAAGGUGUUUAUUUUCUUAAAGAAAAAUGUAGAAGACAAGCACAGGGUUCGAUUUCAUGGAACACCUUUUAAACCCAAAGGGAAUCAUCUGACCUACCAAGUGGAAGAAAGAGGUGUUCGUGUGUCCAAGGUAAAAAGUUUGAAAAGGUACAUAAAAGACUCAGUAAAAGAUAACUCUAGACAAAUGCUCAAACCUGUGGAAAACACGAGAAGGAAAGCUGCAGCUGAAAUGAUGCUGAAACGCAGAAAUAUAAUGAAGAAGCAGCUAUCACCAAGAGGAAUCAAGCCUGGGAUGAAACAACAAAUUCAUAUUCCCAUGGGCAAAAAACAGUUUUCACCAAGGGGGUUUAAACUCAAGCAAAAACACUCUGUAAUCUAUCAAGAUGUCACUUCCAGGAGUAUCAUCAUUGGAGUUCCCAAGCUCAACCACCGAGGCACUCUUGAUUACGACGAAUACAUUGCAAACGUAGAGGUAAACCCUCUUGGAGCUGCGUUGGAAAAUGAGGAGAAGACCGAUUUAGAUUCUGUAAGCCCUUAUACCCACGACAAACGCACUCAUUCAGAAUUGUCCCGGGAUCCAGAGAUGAUUGUGGAACAUUACUUACGUAGCCACACUGGGAAUGUGAGGCGGUACUUUAUAGCUGCAGAGGAAAUUUAUUGGGAUUAUUCCAGGAAUACAAUAAGAGAUUUUGUGGGUUCCACACAUCAAAGGAAUACGCGGUACAAAAAGGUCAUAUUUCAAAGAUAUACAGACGCCUUCUUUGAGACUCGUUACACACACGGAGAACGGGAGGACCACUUGGGAAUUCUUGGACCAGUCAUCAGAGCAGAAAUCAACGAUGUCAUCAAGGUUAUGUUCAAAAAUUUAGCUUCAAGGCCAUACUCCAUUCACGCACACGGAGUGUCGUAUGAAAAAUCCUCGGAAGGGAUGACGUACGAAGACUUCUCUACAGAUUGGUUUAGAUCAGACGAUGCUGUUCCUCCAAAUGCCACGUAUACCUACGUAUGGAAUGUGCCACCUCGGUCUGGCCCUGAAGACACGGAUUCCGUUUGCAAGCCCUGGGUCUAUUAUUCUAGCGUAGACUUUGGGAAGGAUAUUAAUUCAGGUUUGAUUGGACCUCUUCUGAUCUGCCAGAAUGGGACAUUGUCACCCAUUGAUGACAUCCCCAAAGAUGCUCCUGAAUUUAUUUUUCUGUUUAAUACUUUCGAUGAAACCAAAAGCUGGUACCUUAACGACAACACAAGACAAAGUUGUAAUGGCGACUGUGAGAUGAGUGAUGAAGAUUCAGAUUUUAUACAACGCAAUACAUUUCAUGCCAUAAAUGGAUUUACCAAUGGCUCGUUAAGAGGCCUGGUGAUGUUUGAGAAGGAACUGGUUCGUUUUUAUUUGAUUAACAUGGGAAGCUCAGAAGAUGUGCAUGCUAUAAGUCUGGAUGGUCACACGUUCAUUGAAAAGAUUGAGAACACACGCCAUCGUCUGGGAGUUUAUAACUUGUCUCCAGGUGCUUUUAGAACUGUGGAGCUGUAUUCAUCCAAGCCGGGCAUAUGGCUGUUACAGUGUGAGAAUGGAGAGGAUUACAAAGGAGGCAUGCAGGCACAUGUGCUGAUUCUAUCUAAAGGUUGUGAUCGCCCACUGGGUUUGGUAUCGGGAAGUAUAACUGACCCACAGAUCACGGCAUCAGACCACGUGGGUCAAUGGGAGCCAAAGUUGGCUCGACUGCACAACAGUGACAUGGUCAAUGCCUGGAGUGCGAUGAUGAACAACAAAAACUUACCUUGGAUCCAAGUGGACCUGGAGAGGCCAAUUGUUGUCACUGAGAUCUCCACCCAAGGAGCAAGUGCUUUUUUUGUACAGCAGUACAUCAGGGCCUUUUACAUCAAAUACAGCGUGGAUGGGAACAAUUGGAAGUUUUACAAUGGAAACAGCAGGAGCUACAAACAAAUUUUUGACGGAAAUUCUGAUAGUUCAGAUGUGAAGUUUAACAAGUUCAACCCUCCUGUUAUCGCAAGAUAUCUGAAAUUAUAUCCAACAUCCUUCAACGUCAGACCAACUCUUCGCAUGGAAUUGUAUGGAUGUGAAAUAGACCACUGCUCUCAUCCCUUGGGAAUGAAAGGAGGAAAUAUUUCAAAUGGUCAGAUAAUGGCUUCAACGUUCCGGGCCAACUGGCGGGGUUCCUGGUCGCCAGGCCUGGCACGCUUGGACAUGCAGGGCAGUUUCAACGCAUGGCGAUCGUAUAAACAGGAUGAAAACCAAUGGCUUCAGGUUGAUUUUCAGAAGAAAAUGAAGAUCAAUGGCAUUAUUACACAAGGCGCCAGGUCCUUUACAACCGCGUUGUUUGUUCAAAGUUACACUGUCCAUUUUAGCAACGAUGGAGAUAUAUGGAUGCCAUAUACAGAUCAGUCAAGUGGAGAUGCAAAGAUAUUCAUUGGAAACUCUGAUUAUUAUGGACACAAGAAAAGCUACAUUAGUCCAUCUAUUUCUGCCCAAUACAUCCGCAUUGUUCCAAAAACCUGGUACAAUGGUAUUGCACUUCGAGUAGAAUUCAUUGGAUGUGCCUUCAAAUGAAUAUUUUUCAAGGCCCCUCCUGCAAGAACCAUUUGUGAAACUAAAGACUUUUCCAAUUAAAACCAUUGAUGUAUUUUACAGUGAACUCUGCACAAAUUCACUCUGCACAGAUUAAUGUUUAUAUGACAAAAUCAGAGUGAAUUUUCAUUUAUUUUAUUAACCUAUACGAAUUGUAAACAAUACCAGAAAGAACAAAAGGAGUGGUUUUGGAUGGGAAGAAUGAAAUAAGAGGGAGAAUUUGGCAAUGAUUGAUAAUAUCAAAUCAGAGGAAGUGUACUCUGAUUAUUUUUAAAUAGUUAAAUUAUAUUAGUGGAAUAAUGUGAUGCUUAUAUAUAUUGUAAGUACGCUUGCUGUGAAUGAAAUAGGCCUUAAAGGUAAAUAUUAGAUUAAUUGUUAUGCAGAAUAUAAGGAAGACAUUACAAUCUACUAGUGAUCAGAGGAUAAUAUUACUGUAAUGUUGCAAGUUCUUUGUUUUGUAAGCAUGGAUAUGAACUUAACAUGUUUUAGUGGAGCAACACACAUCAUAAAACCUUGGGUAAUAUCUGAAUCACAACCCUAAACCUGUAAAACCAACAUUAAUACCUCAAAUUCUUUAAUAAAAUAACCCAAAAUAUAUGUGGGAACACCCUACUGUUAAUGACUACUUUCAGUUUUUAAAGUGUCAAUGUAUCCCGUUUUAUCAUUCUCUUGGGUAAAUGCUUGGUAUAUUGUCCUUUAUGAUAAUACAUUAGCAAAAUCUUUCAAAAAUCUAAGUGUAUAAAGUCCAACAUAUUCCUUAAUCUACUAAUUGUGAUCUCCUCAAUAAACCUGAUUAUGAAUGUUAGAAA